UUGAAUAAUGAAUUAUAUCAAUCCGUCAAAACAAAACACGUAUUGAAAUCAAAGCGGUCUUUUUUGGAAUGCUGAAUGCGGCAUAUUUGAAACUUAGAGAAGAGUCAAUUUUCAUAUUUUAUUGGAACCUGUUAAAUGUUUCACAAUGCUUAUUUGUAUUGUAUGUGUAUUUAGUAUUUUAUUCUCAACUUGUUACGGAGAAAUAGAAUAUAUAAAACCAAUUGAGAAAUGGCCUACGGUUGGAAUUUCAGUUCUUGUUCGUAAUAAAGCAUAUUCGUUACCGUAUUUUCUCUCAAGUUUGUUGCAAUUAGAUUAUCCUAAGGACAGAAUAUUUUUAUGGAUCUACAGUGAUUACAAUACAGACAAUAGUGAAGAUAUCCUGAAGGAGUGGACAGCGAGACAUGAAUCUGAAUACAGGCACAUUUUUUUUAAAAGUAACACUACUGACUCAAUGCAUAUUGAUCAAGAGACACCAACACAUUGGAGCCAACAGCGCUACAAACAUGUCAUAGCAUUGAGGGAAAAAGCUCUCAGGUUUGCAAGGGAUAUGUGGACGGAUUAUUUAUUUAUGCUCGAUGCAGAUGUUAUUUUAACAGAACCACUAACAUUGAAGUACCUGAUCAAUAAAGAAUAUCCCAUCGCAGCACCUAUGCUCAUAUCAGAUGGAGUUUAUUCAAACUUUUGGUGUGGUAUGGAUGAAUACUAUUACUAUAAGAGGACUGAGGAUUAUCAGCCUAUAUUAAGAUACAAGAAAGUUGGAUGUUUUGAUGUUCCAAUGGUGCACUCUGCUGUGUUAAUAAACUUGAAUUAUAAGAAAUCUGAUUUGCUGACAUACCAACCUAAGAAUAUAAGAAAUUACAACGGACCUGAAGAUGAUAUCAUAGCAUUUGCAAUCAGUGCAACAAAGAAUGGCAUACCCAUGUACAUAUGCAAUGAUCAUGUUUAUGGCUUUGUACCAGUCCCACUAGAAAAAGACAGUAAUCACCUGGAAGACUUUGAGGAAAUGCUUAAUGUCAAAAUGGAAAUUCUCGGGCGCGCGCUACACGUGCCCCUCGAGAAAGAUGUAGAAAAAUAUGUCAAAUAUCCAAAGCCUGGGAAGCUGAAGUGCGACGAUAUAUUUAUGAUAAAUUUGGAAAGAAGGAAAGAGAGAAGGUUGCUUAUGGAAGCCAGUUUUAAGGAGCUUGGGCUGAAUGUGACACUGUUCAAAGCCAUUGACGGCAAGAAAAUGAGCGAUGAAGAUAUGCUCCACUACAAUAUAAAACUCUUGCCAAAUUAUGAGGAUCCAUAUCACAAAAGGCCAAUGAAAGCUGGUGAAAUUGGUUGUUUCUUGAGCCAUUAUGAAAUUUGGAAGAAGAUAAUGGAAAACAACUAUGAAACUACACUCAUUUUGGAAGAUGAUAUACACUUUGUGCCAUUCUUUAGGCAGAAGUUUCUGCGGAUGCUUGAUGAGAUAAAAGACAUUGAAUGGGACCUUGUCUACAUUGGCCGCAAGAUACUUCUGGACAGUGAGGAGUCACAGGUCACACAGCACACGACGCGGCCGAUGUACUCGUACUGGACCCUCGGCUACCUGCUGCGGCUGAGCGGGGCCAGGAAACUGUUGGAGGCUGACCCACUCGCCAAGUUGCUACCCGUUGAUGAAUACCUGCCUAUCAUGUUUGAUGAGCAUCCAGCGCAUGAGUGGGCAAAACAUUUUCCCGUUCGCAAUCUGAAAGCACUAUCUGCCGCACCGCUGCUCGUACACCCAACACACUACACUGGGGAGAAGGGCUAUAUCAGCGAUACAGAAGACUCUGUUGUUGUGUAUGAUAAAGAGAAACCGAGGACUGAUCUGUAAUUUUUUUUUUUUUGUUUACGAAUUGAUCCGGGAUUUAAAGGUCCCGAGAGAUAAACAGUUUUUUUUAGAAUAAAUAUUGUUUAUGGUGUCAUUACUUAAUACGUAUUUAAGGAAAAAUGGGUAGUUAAAUGUUUACUUAACAUAGUUGUAGGUGAGAUUCAAUAAUGUUUUAAUUUAAUAUGGUUAGGAUAUAAAUAAAUUCGAUUUUAUAAAAACUUGUCAUAAAUAUUGGUAAAGUACCAAUUUUUUUCUAAUAAUUUAAAGUUAAUGAUUUUAAUUACAAAAACUGUAACAGACAUGGAGGCCAUAUUUGAUAGUCAUACUAUUUUAUAUGUAUUUAAUUUUGUUUAUUCUUUGACUAACUGAUUUAUUUGAUAUUAUAUUUUGUUAUUGUAUACAUAAUAGGCAUUCAAAAUGCAUUUAUUUUUUAUGUUAAGACGAUGUCUAAUAUGACUGUAUUGUGUGCCAUAAAUUGUAAGUUCCUAUAUUCGAUUUUUUCAAUAACUAAUAAAAUACCAAAGCAU